AUGCAGAAAGGGCGGAGCACGGAGCUGUGUGAGGCAAGGGGAUGGCCGAAGUGGAUUGUUGCCAAGACAAUCAAGUCUUAG